GUGCUCCGGAUAUUCCGGCUGAAUUUCAGUGCAGGGUCUUCGCAAAUCGUAGGAAUUUUUUUGCAGAGACCUAACGAACAACUCCAGAAUGGGUUUCGUGAAAGUGGUGAAGAACAAAGCGUACUUCAAGCGCUUCCAGGUCAAGUUCCGCCGACGACGAGAGGGCCGCACUGACUAUCAGGCCAGGAAGGCCUUGAUCACCCAAGAUAAGAACAAGUACAACACGCCCAAGUACCGCAUGGUGGUCCGCAUCACAAACAGGGACAUCAUCGCACAGAUUAUUUAUGCGAAAAUCGAGGGUGAUAAGGUUCUGUGUGCGGCGUAUGCACAUGAGCUACCCCGGUUCGGUAUCAGCUUGGGUUUGACGAACUAUGCUGCAGCCUACGCGACUGGUCUCCUUUUGGCACGCCGACUUCUCAAGCAACUGAAGUUAGAUAAGGUCUACGAAGGAACGACCGAAAUAACCGGAGAGGAAACUCACGUCGAAGAUGUUCCUGGAAAACCGGGCGCGUUUAAAUGCUAUUUGGAUGUUGGCUUGAGUCGUACCACUACCGGCGCCAAGAUUUUUGCUGCUAUGAAAGGAGCAGUAGAUGGCGGCUUGAAUAUCCCUCAUAGUAACCGACGUUUUCCGGGAUACGAUUCUGAAGGAAAGAAAUUCGACGCAGAAGUGCACCGACGACACAUUUUCGGUGGUCAUGUGGCAAACUACAUGACUUCUUUGAAGGAUGAAGAUGAUGAUGUUUUCAAGAAACAGUUUGGCCGAUUUGUGACUGCCGGAAUUACCCCUGAUAAGGUUGAAGGCGUAUACAAGGCGGCUCAUGCCAAGAUUCGAGCCGAUCCUUCACCACAAAAGAAGGAGAAGAAAGAAAGUACUGGGAAAUCGAAACGAUUCAAUCGUGCGAAAUUGUCCAAGGCAGAGCGACAAAAUCGGGUUCAGCAAAAGAAAGUCCAACAUAAGAAAAAGAUCGGCCAGGAAGAAUAAACCGUGUAUUUUUAUUAAUUGUCGUUCUGUUACACAUUCUAUACAACCAUCGAUUUGAAUAAAGACAACUGCGUUGAAAA